AUGCUGCUGCCCCAGGUCUUGGAGAGUGCGGAACACAUUCCCCGGGAUUGGGGAGAUCCUGACCACCACCUUACUGUUCAGAGAGGGCAAACCAAAAUACCUGCAUAUACUGGAUUCCCCAAGGCCAGUAAGUCCUAGCUGCUCCAAGGCAUUUCACCUGCUGUCGCUCCUUACCUGUUCACUACCUUAAAUCCCCAUGCUGUGAUUGUUCACAAUGAAGGCCACCAACAAAUAGCAGCAGUGGACAUUGCUAGCACCAUCAAAGGUGCACACCAGAACAGGGGCCUGGGGCUUGCCUUCUUGAGGCAUAGCCAAUGGUUCUGGUUCCUCCUGUUCAUGGUGGCUCUUUCUGUGCCAGAGUCAUGGACUCAGAUUGAGGAUUUAAAAUAUGAACUGGAGAAGUAUGAAGAAGGCCUGUCUGAGAGACUUCAUGCCAUGGUUGGAAACAAAGAUGAUCACUCUGACGCUCAAGCCAAUCUCCCCCAGCUACAGGCCCACCUGGGGCUAAAGGUCAUGGCAGAGCUGUUGCACCUGAAGGAGCUACAUGAUGAUGAUGUGGGGGCUGAGCUGAGCCAGGGCCACAAGCUGCUAAGCCCCGGCGCGCCCCUCCCUCCCGCGCCUCGCCACCUCCCGCGACAGAGAGGGAGCUGCGCGGCCCGGAGCGGCGGCGACCGCGGCGGCCGCAGAAACCCGAGCAUCUGCCCCGCACGCCGGGAAUUCCCAUUCUCUGUCCCCUCUCGUCUCUCUCCCCCUCCCUUCCUCACUGUCACACUCUCUCUGGCCCCCUCCCCCUCUCUUCCUCCCGUUUGCCUGCUCAUCUUCAAACGUGGAUCCGCGGCUCCCGGAGGAGCCCAGCGCUCGGAUCCCUUGCGUCUUGAGCACCUGGAGUCCGGCCGGCGGCGGCUCCAGCCUGGCCCGCGGCGGCGGCGGGAGCGGAGGGAGCGGUAG